AUGGCCAUCAGAUAUCUCAUCCUGCUGUCCCGGCAGGGCAAAGUGCGACUUGCGAAAUGGUUCACCACCCUCUCGCCCAAAGAUAAGGCCAAGAUCAUCAAAGACGUCUCCCAGCUGGUUCUGGCGAGGCGCGCUCGCAUGUGCAAUUUUCUCGAAUACAAAGUGUAUCGCCGGUAUGCCUCGCUCUUCUUCAUCGCCGCCACCGACCCGACAGACAACGAGUUAAUCACGCUCGAAAUUGUUCACCGCUACGUCGAGCAGAUGGACAAAUACUACGGCAACGUCUGCGAGCUCGAUAUUAUUUUCAACUUCCAGAAAGCCUACUUCAUACUCGACGAGCUCCUGUUGGCCGGUGAGAUGCAAGAGAGCAGCAAAAAGAACGUGCUGCGAGUGAUUGGCGCUCAAGACAGUCUCGAAGACAUGGAGGUCGAGGACGAUGCUGUCACAAAGAUUGGCUGA